CUUCUGAGUGAAUCAAAUUUAUUCCAUUCAAAGAAAAAAUAAAUAAUUUAACUCAUCUCUUCUUUUUUCUUUGGAGUCGAACUAGUUCAUUUGACUUCAACAUGUAGUCUUUAUAUUUUGGAAAGGAAGAACUCUUGAUUUCCAAUGCUGAUGUUUUGAAACAAGCAAACGCUUGCAAAGAUCUGCUCUUCCCAGUAGCCUAAAAACCUUUAAGUCUACCUGAAGAAUCUGUUUCUUUAUAUGGAUCAACUUUGAUUUUUACCAGCAGAGUGGGGCUGGAGCCCAGUUGAUACUAGACUUCGUAGGUCUACUAAUACAUCUGUGAUAAACUAAAAGUUGUUCACAACCACUGUCCCUCCACUACUCCUCACAGGGACACAUCACCUGAAUGAACACGCGCUGCCAGGUGAAGUGUGACCUCAUGCUUUGUAAUCUCUUUAUCUCUGCUGCUCAGCCAGCGUCUAAAGGGGACAGGGAGCUAAUCUCAAUGGGAACAUUGGGUAAUACCAUUGCAUAAGGUUUCAUCCUCACAAAAGCCAGAAGAUCACUGAGAUAAACCUUAGCUGCAAACAUAUCACUCACACAAGGAGCACUCCGCUACACCUGCAAACUAAAGCGUUCUGAAUAUACAAACUGCGGAUAUGAACACAUGUGCAUAUUUGUCGUCCCCUUUGUUGUGUUGGCCCCAUUUUUGUUGCCCUGAGCUGAUGUGAGUGAUUUGAAGAGAUUGGGACAGACCUAAAUUCAAACAGGAUUAUGGUUCAUGACACCACCUUAAUCCUCCGUCUAUCAGUGAGGAGUAGAGGGUGAAUGCAGGGAGAGGUGAGCUGUGAGGGGUGGGGCCAGAGAGGCAUGUACACUGUAUACACUGGUCUGAUGGCUCAAACACAUGUGUGCCCCCUGCCCUCCUCUCUCUUUGUCCAUCAGUGUACAGUAUUCUGUUAGAGAGCACAGAGAGGCAGACGAUGACGGCAGCGCUCUGCUCACUGGGACUGGACUUUCUGCAGUAACGCAAACUGUGUGAGACUUUAGCAUGUAAGUGAACAAAUUGAAUUUUCCUGGAUGUUGCUGUGCCAGAAGAACAACUUCUUUUGUUGUGCCGCUUGCAAUGGAUUCCACCACUUUGUUUUGAUGCAGAGCAGCAAUUUAGAAACUUGAUGACCUUGUCUCCAGCCUGCUGCAAACAUGCCUGGAAGCCAUUACCAGGUGACGACCUCCAAGUUCCACCACAGCACCUACAGUCUGACGGACAGCUCCGAAAACGGCCCAGAAGACGAGGAAGCCGACGGCUCGCCGCGCCUCACCCCUCUGCAGAAGCUCACCGCCAGCAUGUGCAAGGACGAGAAUACAAUCAAGGAGCUGAUCAUAGGCCGCAGGGUGGGCUUCUACAAGGUCCGCGGGGAGAUUGGCUGCGGGACCUUCUCCAGGGUCAAACUGGCUUUUCAUGCCCUGACUAAAGACAAAGUCGCCCUGAAGAUCCUGGAUAAGACACGGUUGGACUCUCAGGCCCAGCGUCUGCUCUCCAGGGAGAUCAGCAGCAUGGAGGUGCUCCGUCACCCCAACGUGGUGUGUCUGUACGAGGUGGUGGAGAUGCCGAGCCGCCUUUACCUGGUGCUGGAGUACGCGGGAGGAGGAGACCUCCACAACAAGAUCUGCAACGAGGGAAAACUGUCGGACACCACCAGCAAGAUCACCUUCGCCCAGAUCCUCUCUGCCAUCAAAUAUAUGCACAGCCUCAACGUCAUCCACCGGGACCUGAAGGCGGAGAACGUACUGUUCACCAGCAGCGGCUGCGUCAAGGUGGCCGACUUUGGAUUCAGCACGCAGAUUCCAAACCGCAACGACGCCCUGGACACCUUCUGUGGCUCUCCACCCUACGCCGCCCCGGAGCUCUUCAAGGACGAGUGCUACCAGGGGCCCCCAGUGGACGUGUGGGCCAUGGGUGUCCUGCUCUUCUUCAUGGUGACCGGCACCAUGCCGUUCCGCGCUGAGACCAUGGGGAAGCUGCGGCGCUGCAUCAUCGACGCCGCCUAUAUGGUCCCUCCGUGGGUGCCCGGGCCCUGCCAGAGGCUCAUCAAGGGCAUCUUGAAGACGUCCCCCACGGACCGUUAUGCCGUCGACCAGAUGCUGGGCUGUGAUUGGCUCUUACCUGUGGAGUUUCCCUGGUCGCUGGUGCCUUCCGAACCGACGAGCUCUUUGCAGAGCCUGAUCGACUCGGAGCCCUGGGGCCUGGAGGAGGAAGAGGAGGAGGUCAGGAGCUCGCUGGAGGAGCUCGGCAUCACCGCAGAGCACCUCAGGAACAAUCAGCUCAAAGACAGCCGCAGCCCCAUCACCGGGGUGUAUCGAAUCCUGCUGCACCAAGCCCAGAAGAGGAAGGGCUGCGACAGUCCCCCAGUGGUACGAGGGAUGGUGAGGGACCCCAAGAGGGAGGGGCUCCGGGCCUACAGGGGCCUCAGACACACCUCCAAACUGUGUGUGCUUUCAUAAGCAGACUGAAAGAGAUGCUUCAGCAGCUUUUAUACACACUCCUUCUUUUAUACAAACACAAAACUAGUAGCAGUAGUGAUUUUUUAUUGAACAUUUUACAUUGUUCACUGAAAAGUGUUUUGUAGUUUUUAAUGACAAAUACAUUUAAGCUUUUGAUACCUAUGUUUAAUCCCUCCAGUGCAACUUUCUGGUAUAGCCUAAGGUAUAUGUAAAAGUGCCUGAUGAAAAAAAGAAAAGUCAAAGUUGUAAAAGCAUCCUUAUACAUUCAGCUAAAGAGUGUUUUGCCUUUCUCAAAUGAUUUGCUUUGUAAGGAUUUUUAGAGACGUAAAUGUAUUUAUAUAUGUAUAAGCAGUGUUCCAAAGAAGAGAAGCAAAAAUGAGAGAAAUGUCAGAAAAUACAAAACGUCAUGUAACAUGUUCCCCGAGUCAGAGAGCCAUUAAAGAAUAGAUUGCAGUGAUAUAAAAGAAAAAACUGCACUGGUCUAAAGUGGAUUUCCAUCAGCUGACCCAAGAGAAGUUCCUUGCAAAAUAUAUUUGUGCACCUGAUUUUUGCUUUUCAGUCCUUCAGUGUGCACAGUGGAGGUUUAGCGGGCAGCAUUGUAAGUCUGAUAAAGAGAAAUCUCACAGACACUUAAACCAAUUCUGUCUGUUGAAAGGAUUCUUAUUGUUCAUGGAAAACUAAAUAAAGUGGUGAAAAAAGAA